AUGACUCAAACUAAUGCUAAUUCUAUUAUUGUCCUACCCAUUCAAUAUUUAAAAAACGCUACUCCGAAGACUAUCUCAAGUCUAACUACCAUAAUCAAUAAUGGCUAUAUGCAAGCUAAUAAAUAUAACUUGAUUUUGAACACUAGAAUAAAGGGACCUGACGUUUUCUUCAGAGAUUUGGGGUUCAACAAAAAUCAGGACAAAUCUGUUUUGUAUCUAUUAGUUACAGAUGAAUUUUUCAAUCGUCCAGAAGUUAAUGCUUCAUUCGAAAAAAUUCAAAUUCCCAAAAACCCUGUGGCUGAAAAUUGUAUUUCAUAUAGUACAAAUUAUUACCUUAUGAACUUUGGUUCACCACUAGAUAUAGAAAUCCCUUUGAAUACAGUAUUGUCAACCAUUGGAUUUAAACCUUUUAAGCACGAACAAGUUAAAGAGGAGGAUAAGGCAUUCGAAUUAACAUCAUACACCUCUUUUGGUAAAGGCUAUGGCAUCUUAGGGUUUAAUCAAACCUUGUUACAUUUAAACUAUUUUUUAAAUUGCGAAACUUUGAUUGCUGAAUGUUUUGUGCCACAUAACUUGGUAGGGUACUAUGAAUCAAAGCUAAGUUUCAAAGAAUUUGAUAGAAAUAUGGUAUAUAAGGAUAGACCAGAAGAGGCAGGUUUUGAAAAGGGAUUUGUUUGUACACGAGACUUCGAAGUUGCUACUCUAAAAAGACCAAUUUUCAUUUAG